UUCCGGCGCAGGGACCUGGUGGCGGAACCAGAACGCCUGGGCGGCUGUGGGCGGUGUGUAUCCCGGGGGCGGGACCGGCGACGCGGGCCGCCGAGCUCUGCUCUCGAGCGCGGGGCUCCGGGCGUCCGCAGACGGCGCCCGGAGACAGAGGCCGGAGGGGGCGCGCGCUGCUGGGAAGCGCCGCGGGUGGGGCGCCUGCGCUCGCCCAGCCCGCCCGCCGCCGCCUCUCAGCUGCGCGCAGGCGAGGCUGCUGGGGUCUGAGCGCGGGGCUCCGGCCAGGUCCGCCGUCCCGCCCGCCGCGUCCUGCCGAGCGACCCUGGAAUGCGUGUCCAGAUGCCCACCCGGCGGCCACAGGGGAUCCCUCUGGGAGACUGAAGGACUGGCUCCCAGGCCCGGUGAGGCCAAGCAGUCCUGAGCUUUAGGCCAGGGGAAUGGCAGCCCCCCCGGAGUCUCAGGAGGAGGCUCCUGGGGAGGGAGCAGGUCUGCUGAUCGUGAAGGUGGAAGAUUCUUCCUGGGAGCAGGACUCUGUCCAGCAAGAAGACAGCAGGGAUUCUGAGGCCUGCCGCCAGCGCUUUCGGCAUUUCUGCUAUAGGGACGUGGGUGGGCCCCACGAGGCCUUCAGCCAGCUCUGGGAGCUCUGCUGCCGCUGGCUGCGGCCGGAGCUUCACACCAAGGAGCAGAUCCUGGAGCUGCUGGUGCUGGAGCAGUUCCUGAGCGUGCUGCCUGGAGAUGUCCAGGACUGGGUGCGGGAGCGGAGUCCGGGGAGCGGCGAGGAGGCCGUCGCCCUGGUGGAGGUCCUGCAGAAGCAGCCAGUGAAAGCCCAGCGGCAGGAAGUGCCCUCAGAGGAGGUGGAACCUGAGGCUACAGUCCAGGGAUCCCAGGCCAAGGGGCUUCCCAUGAAGGUGGGGGCACGAAGCUGGCCACCUGUACCUUGGGAGCAGCACAGCCCUGGUGCCCUGCUUCCUGCUCUUAAAGAGGGGAGUGCCAGAGGGCCAACAGAUACCUGCUUUGCCUCCAAGGUCCACGGAUCUGUGACAUUUGGAGACAUUCCUUUCUAUUUCUCCCGGGAAGAAUGGGGAUCUCUGGACCCUGCCCAGAGGGAACUCUUCUGGGACAUAAAGCGAGAGAACUCCCGGAAUGUCACCCUGGCUCUGGUCCCAGAACCCAGUGGAACUGAAGAGGCCAACCCCUCUCGGCUUGCAGGUUUGGGGCUCAAGAGCCAAGGCCAGCAGGCUGGGCUGGAGGAGACAGUGGCAUCUGCAGGCCAGGCCGGCAGCAGCAGCAGUGGCGGUGGGCGCGGGGAUGUGACUGUGUCCUGGAGCCCCAAGGAGCAGCCGGAGGUCUGGGAGGGUGAAGCCCGGUCAGGGGCGCCCCUGGCCUGUGCUGCGGGGGCACGGAGGGGGCGGCCGCCGACCCGCCGGCGACAGCUGCGGGACCUGGCAGCGGAGAAGCCACACAGCUGCGGCCAGUGUGGCAAGCGCUUCCGCUGGGGCUCGGACCUGGCGCGCCACCAGCGCACACACACGGGCGAAAAGCCGCACAAGUGCCAGGAGUGCGGGAAGAGCUUCCGCAGCUCCUCGGACCUGGUGCGCCACCAGGGCGUGCACACGGGCCAGAAGCCCUUCUCCUGCUCGCAGUGCGGCAAGAGCUUCAGCCGCAGCGCCUACCUGGCCGACCACCAGCGCAUCCACACGGGCGAGAAGCCCUUUGGCUGCAGCGAGUGUGGCAAGAGCUUCUCGCUGCGCUCCUACCUGCUGGACCACCGGCGGGUGCACACGGGCGAGCGGCCCUUCGGCUGCGGCGAGUGCGACAAGAGCUUCAAGCAGCGCGCCCACCUCAUCGCCCACCAGAGCCUGCACGCCAAGAUGGCCCAGCCUGUGGGCUGAGGGCUGGCAAGGGCCCUGCGGCCCACGGGGGUGCUAGGCUAGGCUGGGGUCACCUCAGGGUGCCGCGGCCGCUGGCUUCCAUCCCGGCUGCCUUCCCGCCUGCACCCGUGCCUGGCACACACUCCAGAGUGGAAAGCCCCAACCACCUCGUGGCCAUUCCUCUUCUGGCUUCAUGAAGCCCCAGCACAUUCCUAGCCCAUGGCCUCUGCGUGGGAGGAAGGCUGGGGCACCAGGUUGGGGUGAGGACUCUGGCAGGACUGGGGUCCCCUGCCCCCAGCCUUGCUUGGCUCCUCUGUUCCCUGCCCGCCCUAUGGGCUGAGUCCGUGGGCCUGGCCCUCUGCCCUGCCAAGCUGUGCCUUCCGGUGGGUGUAGAGGACGGGCCUUGACCUGCAGGAUGCUGCUGGGCCCUGGGAGGGACAGCCCAUCUCUGUGAGGAUCUGGGUCCUGGGUGUGGCCACAGGGGCUUUCCGGCCACAUCCCCUCCCAUUUCCAGGCCAUGACCACUUUGCCCCGUCUGGAGACGUGGAAACUGCCUAACUCUGCUCUUAGCUGACUUGCCCCCAAGUUAGUCCCAAAGAGCAGCCCCCUACUGAUCUGGUGACGGUGGUGGUGGCUCUGGGGACUGGAGUCCGACACCGAAGACCAAGGGCAGGGCUGGCAGAGGCUGGCUGCUCCCUGAGGCUCCUCUCUCCAGAGGUGUGGGGUUUGUGAUAUUUAACACUAGCACUCUGUCAGCGGUUAGUCGUUGGUUCCUUAAGCACUGCAUUCCACGGUGCCCUCUGCGUUGCCGGCAGAGUGGCAUUCCCAGGGACAGACCACAGGCUCUCCUGAGGAGCUCCGCCCUGCUGGUCUCAAAAGGGCAGCAGAGGACUUUGAAUAAAUAUGGAAACUUC